CAAGGCCAACAUAUUAAAUUUGUGGAAAGACCCAAGAAAUUAAUCAAACCACGACCAACGUCCGCUCUCUCUCUCUCUCUCUCUCUCUGAAACUUUCUCUCACUCGGUUUAAGGUUGAGAGCAGAAGUCGCUGUCGAGCUUUGAACACUUGUCAGUAACCCAGUUCGACGCAGCAGCGACUCUUUCGGACCGAUGUAAAAAAGACAACGAAAGCGAGAGAAAACAGUGCGAAAAAGGAAGAGAAAGAGUAAACAAACUUAAGACAAUAAUGAAUGCGAGGCUCUUCCAUAUUUAGUUUCUAGAUUCCCUUCUCUUUUACUUAUGGAUAAUAACAAGAAGAUUUUGUAGCUUUAGAAAAAUAAAAUAUUUUUGCCUUUAAAAGAGAGAUUAGCAGGGCCUCCUUGUUGAGUGCAUUUUGCAUUUUGCUUGGCCAGGCUAGUGGUUCUUGCUGGUUUAUGACAGUGUUCAUGGCGGAUGGUGAAGAGCAGGGACCUUAUUGUCUAUGGGGGGCUGGAAAGGAUCCUGAAAACUUAAUGGUGAAGGCACCAGACGAGGUUUCUAAGGUGAAACAGAAAAGAAGAGGUGUUCUACUUCCUUGUGCUUCUGCCCAAGAUUUGAGAUGUUUGGACAUAGAAAAGGAGAAAGAAGAUGCCCAAACUCCUAGAGGAGUUUUAGAAGUUUGCAUAAGAAGCUUUGAAUCUGAAACUAGUGUUUCUGAAAAUAGCACAACAGAAUCAGAAGCUCCUUGUCCAAAUUCAAGUUCACGUUCUCACUGGCGUAAAUUUUUUAAAUUAUGGAGUAAAAGAUCAAUUAAGCGCUUAGCCUCCUUCCCUCCUCUUGGUGUGCCAAAGAUAUCAUCAAGAAGAAGGAUCAGGAGUGCAAGAGAGAAUCCAGGACUAGCUAAUAUAUACAACUUCAAGUCUUCGCUGGUGACCUUUACCUUCUCUGACCUCCAAAGGGCGACCAAUAAUUUUAACAGUGAAAAUACAAUUGGUAAGGGUGGCUAUUCCGAAGUUUAUAAGGGUUGUUUGAAAAAUGGGCAGCUUAUAGCAGUAAAGCGGCUGACUAAAGGAACAUCAGAUGAGAAAACAGCAGGCUUUCUAUCUGAACUUGGCAUUAUAGCUCAUGUAGAUCAUCCUAAUACUGCUAAGUUAAUUGGAUGUUGCGUUGAAGGAGGAAUGCACCUUGUUUUUGAAUUAUCUUCACUUGGGAGUUUAGGAUCUCUCCUGCACGGUCUGAAGGCUAACAAACUGGAUUGGAGUAAAAGAUAUAAAAUCGCUUUGGGGAUAGCAGAUGGUCUGCUGUAUCUUCAUGAGAGUUGUCAGAGGCGAAUCAUUCAUAGAGAUAUUAAGGCUGAUAAUAUUCUACUUACAGAGGAUUUUGUGCCUCAGAUAUGUGAUUUUGGGCUUGCGAAGUGGCUACCCAAACAAUGGACUCAUCACAAUGUCUCAAAAUCUGAGGGCACAUUCGGGUAUUUUGCCCCUGAAUAUUUCAUGCAUGGAAUAGUUGAUGAAAAAACGGAUGUUUAUUCUUUUGGAGUCCUGCUUUUGGAGCUUAUCAGCGGGCGUCCAGCUUUGGAUGAUUCUCAGAAAAGCGUUGUAAUUUGGGCAAAGCCUUUGCUUGAUAACAAUGAGAUCAGGGAGCUUGUUGAUCCUUCUAUUGGUGACAACUAUGACCAGAAAGAGAUGGAUCAUGUGGUUUUGACUGCAUCUUUAUGCAUUGAGCAGUCUUCUAUUUUACGUCCGCGAAUGAGUCAGAUUGUGGUACUUCUAAGAGGCGAUGAAUAUGUAUCGAACUGCGCAAAAGAAUCGAAAAGGAGGUCUCAUCAAAGAACAUACUCGGAAGAACUGUUGGAUGCACAAGAAUAUAAUUCAACCAAGUAUCUGGGCGAUCUCAACCGUCACAAGCAGGUUGCUUUUGGUUCAUGAAAUAGGUGGAGAGAAUAUUUGAACAAUGUUUAAUUAUAGCAGUUCUCAUAGACUCUUUUCUCUGGGUGCUUGCAAGUCCCAUGGAAGUCUACUGGUUUUAUAUUGAUCUCCAUGGACAUGGUGCUUGAAAGCACUCUCUCAUCACUGAAAUGGUGGCUUCUGUCUAUCAUUGUAAAUUCAUGUCAGAUGCCAUGAAUUCCAUGUAAAAAAAAAAAGUUUUUCCUUUCCAUAUGAACACCCUAAUGGCGCCGCUUUUGUUCUUCCA